AUGUCGUCGAAGGAGACCGAGGGCCUCCUGGCCGGCUCGGUCGAGCAGGCCUACCUCGAGAAUCGGAGCGCGGGCGGCAAGCGGCGGACGGAAGCGCUCGGGGCCCUGCAGGCCAUGUACGUCUUCCAGUUCUGCGGGAGUCUCGCGUACGGCAUGUGGGCCGUGAUCUCGCCCUAUUUCCUCGAGGCGCGCGGUUACAGCACCGUCGGAGCGGCGAACAUGUACACGAUGGCCUGGGUGGCCUACAACGUCGGCCAGAUCAUCAUGAGCCCGAUCGCGGGAGACAUCGCGGAUGGCCACGGGAGACGACCGGUCUUCCUCGCGAGCGCGUUCGUGGUCACGAUUUUCUUCCUGACCUUUGUGUAUCCGGCCUCCUGGUGGUGGAUCACGGGGUCGUUCUUCCAGGGCGCCGCCGACGUGUCGUGGGGCCUGGCUAACGCUGUCGUCGUCGAUUGCGUCGGGCAGGGCGUCGUGCCCGGCGGCGCCGAGGACUGGGCGCCGAUCCGCGCGUUCCGCGCCGUCGCCACGGGCCUGCGCCACGACACGCUCGACGACAACGUGCGGCAGGAGCUCGCCGUCGCGAUGGAGAGCGUCUGGAUCCUGGGCGGCGCCGGGGCGCUCGUCGGCUCCGCCUUGGCGUACCCUGUGUGGACCUACUUUAACGAUGGCGCGGCCAUGGCCUUCCCGGGCGUUUUUUAUGCCACACUCUUGUGGUUCGCGUACGAAAAAUUCCCGGAGACGAGACCCGACCAGGCCGCGGCGCAGCGCCUCGACUCACCCGCGGCCGUCGGCGCGGCAAUAAGGGACGGCAUUGCGUCGCAAGCGGAGGCGAUUCCGCUCGUAUUGAGGGAUAGAAGAGCGGCGUGGCUUGUCGGCAGCUAUUUCACUCUGUACGUCGUGAUGACGGGCCUGCUCAACAUUGGGAUUUAUUGGGGCCAGGCGACGUUUGGCUGGGGCAUCGAGUCCGGCACGGUGUUUACUUGUUUGUCCAUCGCGGCGCCGUUCGUCGGCGCCGUCGCGGCCUCAGCAGCAUUAUUUCCCUCGUCGCUGCGCUACGCGCGGUCCGUCGCGCUCCUCCUCGCGCUGUCGAUCGUCGGCUCCCUCGCGGUGGGCUUCCUCGACGACUCGGCCGCGGCGCUCACUCUGGUGCCCCUCGCGACGGUGGGCUGGGGCGUCUUCCCGACGCUCACGGCGCUACUGACGCCCGAGGCGUCCGGCGACCAGCAGGGGCACUUGCAGGGCACGCUCCUGUGUGGAAAUCAAAUUUCGGGCGCCCCACGCCAUCGGCGCGAUGCUGUCUCCGUAGCUGCGUCUGCUCGACGGCGUGGAGUUUCCAGGCCAUCGACGCGACGUAUCCCCGUGAACGCGUCGGCUCGAUGGCGUGGAGGUUCACGAAGGUCCACGCAAUAUUACUCAGGAUAACCUAACUCACUGGUUGAUUUCAACACAGGCGCGCUCUGGGCGACGACGAACGUCGGCGGCCUGGUCGGGCUAGGGCUCUACUUGUUAGUCUACAACGCCACGGCUGGUGCCGCGCCGCCGACUGGCAGCGCGGUCUGGCUACUGUCUGCCGGGGGCAUGGCCAUCGCGGCGUUGUGCGCGCUCGCGGCCGGUGAACCGGAGCAAGAGGCGUUCUCGCUCGUCAAAUUCGUACGGUCGGGGCGCGUAUCCGUGCCGGACGCGAAUAUAUAACAAUUCAUUAACAGU